AUGACUAUCAUUACUGCAUCCGGAUCGAGCGUUACGGAAAUCCUGGAAGGCAAGAUAUUCCUUGGGAACCUGUCCGCCGCAAUUUCUUCUGAGGAGAAGGCUAAACUGGGCAUUACCCAUAUCGUUUCUGUCUGCCCGGACUACCCGUCCACUGGACCUCAGCAUCUUCGUAUCUCCGUUGAGGACUCGGAGUAUGCAGACUUGUUGAUCCAUUUACCUGUUGCAUGCCGGUUCAUCGAGCGCGCGAUAGAACAGGGUGGUCGAGUGCUAGUCCAUUGUGUCAUGGGUAUCUCCCGCAGUACCACGGUCGUCGCAGCCUACUUGAUGAAGACCAGGGGUAUGACACCUCCCAAUGCAAUCCGAUAUCUCAAGCAAAAACGACAUCAGAUCCAUCCAAACUACGGAUUCAUCAAGCAGCUUGAUGUCUUUGUCCAAUGCGAAUUCGAUCCCUCGCCUUCUCACCCAAAAUAUCGGUCAUGGAAACGGCGGCAUCAACAGGACGUGACAUAUUUCUUGAACCAUAUGUCGGACACCAUCUCUAUUAUUCCGGAUAGGCUACUGCUCAGCAGCUCCUUCCCCGAGGACCCCGACCAAGCCCACUCGUUGCUUUCCGACAUAGGCAUUACACACCUUAUAUCCCUGUCGCCUGCCCAAAUACCCUCAUUGGCUGUCUACUCUGGAGUAAGACACCAUCAGUUCAAAAUUAAGGACCAGUCCUCCGAUGGUCUAUUGUUCGCCCUGCCCGAUAUCUGCGCCUGCAUCCGGGAUGCCGUGGAUCGUGGAGGCCUGGUUCUUAUUUAUAGCCAGAACGAGACAAGAGUUUGUACUGCAGCUUGUGCCUUCCUGAUGUCAGCUAUGCGAUAUUCGCCAAGUCGAGCGUUUAGCCUCCUCGAGGAUGCCCUCCCUUUGUUCAACCCGACUCAAAACUUCUCGCGCAACCUUGAACUCUUCCAUGCGUGUGGAUACCACCCGACACCCAACCAUCCUGUUGUCAAGGGACACCCCGCAUCCCACAACCGCUCCUCGAGUGAUUCAAAGACGAAAGAUUUGGGCAAGGCUGCCACCAAUAUUUUGAGCGAAACUACCCUCGACCUGAGCGCUUUUGGCGACGCCUUGAGGUCGAUUCAAGUUCAAACCACUACUCGAUCUUUCGUCAGCGCGAGUUGA